AGACUCUUAAUCAAAGCAACGCAAGGCAAAUUACUGCAUUCCUUGGGCGCCGAGACGUCCGACAAACAACCUCGAAGAGAGAAAAGAAAGAAAACAAUACAAUACAUACCUACUUACUAGGCACUAGUAAUUAUUCUCAUACCUAAGGUUCUUUACCUAAUACCUACAUACCUCAAGGUACCCAGGUAAAAUAAACUACAUGCACAUGUAGCAAUCUGGCGAAACGGCACUUCGCGCAAUGUCGAUUCGCAUAGUGCUCGACAACCCGCCCGAGUUCUUUACGAAUCUCGACUUUAUUAGCGGUCGCGUGAUUCUCUCCUUGCACCGCUCCGAGUCCAUCACCAAUGUCAUCGUCAAGCUCGAGGGCGAGUCGCGCACCGCCUUAGCCGUGCCUCCGCCCAACGACCGCGGCGGCAGCGAUUAUUAUCGCCCGCGCGCUCCUGGUGGCAUGGGCAACGGACAAAUCGUCACGGAGAGCCACAAAAUCCUGUACCGGCUCUUCCAGGUGUACCCGGACGAUGGCGUCGCCUUCCCUUUCCAGCCGGGCCAGCAUGAGUUCAAGUUCAACUUCAAGGUGCCCCUCAACAACAUCUGCCACGAUCCCAAAGCUAUGAGCUCCCUGCUGGGCCUCGGCGGCCUGGGGAGCGGGUUUCGCACCAUGGACGGCACCAAGCAGCUCAUGCUGUCGCACGUCAAGGCGACCCUGCCGCCCUCCCUCACCGGCUUUCCCCAGGAAGCCGAGAUCCGCUACUACAUCAAAGUCACCAUCCAACGGCCCGGCUUCUUCCGGGAGAACUGGCGGUACCACGUCGGCUUCAAAUUCCUGCCCGUCGAGCCGCCCCGCCCCCCGCGGACAAGCCAGGAGGCCUUCGCGCGCCGGCCCUUCGCGUUCCGCGCGAUCGAGGACUACCACGCGCAGCAGAAGAACACCCACCACAAGAAGUCGUCGCUUUUCUUCGGCGGCAAGUCGUCUUCAUCGUUGGCGUCGUCGUCAGCCUCACCACCCGGCGCCGGCGGGGUCCUCGACCCGCCCAAGAUCGAGAUGUCGGCGCGCAUCCCGUUCCCCACCAUCCUGACCUGCAACGAGCCCGUCCCGCUCCGGCUGAUCGCCAAGAAGCUGGCCGCGACGACGCUGCCCCAGCAGCAGGUGUACCUGACGUCGCUCGAGAUCGUGCUGGUGGGGUACACCGAGGUGCGCGUGCACAACCUGCAGAACACGGAGCGGUCCGCGUGGGUCAUCCUGUCCGCGCCCCAGCUCCCUUCCCCGAUCCCGCUAUUCAACUCCCCCGCCGACCCGGAGAACACCGAGUUCGAGGUGCCCCCCACCGCCUGGAAAGACCGCCGCCUCCCCAACACCAUCGCCCCCUCCUUCCGGACCUGCAACCUCGCGCGCCGCUACGAGAUCGAGAUCAUGCUCUCGCUAACCUGGGACCCUUCCUCCCCUUCUGCCUCCUCCUCCUCCACCGCCUCCUUCUUCGCCAGCGGGCGCCACCAGCAGUAUCCCCCGCAAACCCUCGCCAUGCCGCUAAAGCUCACCAACGUCGAGGUCUUCUCUGGCAUCAAGCCGCCGCCGGAACUCCUGACCACCACCACCACCACCACCACCACCAAUAAUAAUAAUAAUGUUCGUCCCCCCCGACUGCCAUCUCGCCCCUCACAACAACAGCACGCCCAGCCGCAGCGCCCGCCCGACCCGCUGUACCCGCCGCAGCUCGGCACCGGCGGCGCCACCGUCUUCGAGGAGCCGCCGCCGAGCUACGACGAGGCUGUAGCGGAUAGCCUACCGGGGCCGGCGGCGCGGCCCGCGUAUAGUGGUGUUACGGCGGAGAACGCGCCGAGCACGAUGCCGGCUGAGAAGGCGUGAUGAGGACGAGGAUGAUGGCGACGAUGAAUGAGGGAUAGACCCUCCCUCCCCGCGGGAACGUUGGGAGAAGUAUGGGAAACGACCUACAUAAUGUAAUGUAAUGUAAUGGGGUACUUGAUCAUUCGCGCGUCUGGGGUAUAUGCCUACCUACCUAUAUAUAAGGGGCAUAGCAGAAAGAGAAAAAAAAGGGGGGGAAGAGAAUAAGAAGAAAAAGAAAAGAAAAGAAAAGGGAAAAUAGAGAUCCACCAACAUUGGAUUGUAUCGCAUUGUAGACUUUACGAGAAGCAGCAGCAGCAGCAGCAGCAGCAGCGUGUAGCGUGUAUUAGACCUAUCCAUGGUCCGUAGGUGAUGGUGGGAUGGAUGAAAUGAAAUGGAUAUUGAUACCCCUUCGGUUUGCGUCGAGAAUUGGCUAGCUAGCAUUACCAGGUAGUUAUGUAUAUAGAAAGAAGAAUUUAAGCGUUUAAUAGGUACUUA